UUGAUUGCUCAACAAUAUUUUGAAGAAAAAAAAAUGAUAUAAUAGAGAUAAUUUUUUAACAAUCUAGAAUAAUUUUUAAACUCUUCACUUGAAUUACAUUAGGUUAUAUCUAUUGUUCUAAAGCAAAAUAAAAUUGGUGAUGAUGAUGCAUCAAACUUAGGUUCUUAUUUAGGAAAGUGCACUAAUCUGUCAAAUUUGGCACUUAAUCUUACUAAAAAUUAAAUUGGCAAUAAAGGCGCAUAAAGCUUAGGUUCUGGUUUAGGAAAGUGCAUUAAUCUCUUAAAUUAGUCACUUUCUUUCAUGGAAAAUUAAAUUGGUGAUGAAGGAGUAUAAGGCUUAUGUUUUGGUAUAAGCAAAUGCACUAAAAUCUAAAAUUUGGUGCUUGACCUCUCGAAAAAUUAAAUUGGUGCAAUUGGUGCGUCAGUCUUAGGAUCUAGUUUAGGUAAGUGCACUAAUCUCUCAGGUUUGACACUUUUUAUCACGGAUAAUCAAAUUGGUGAUGAAGGUACAUCAGCCUUAGGUUCUGGUUUAGGAAAGUGCACUAAUCUAUCAAAUUUGGAACUUUAUAUAAGUUAAAAUUAUAUUGGUGACAAAGGUGAAUCAGGCUUAGGUUCUGCUUUAACAAAGUGUAAUAUCCUCUCAAAUUUGACACUUUAAUUAGGGGCUAAUUAAAUUAGUGAUGUAGGUGCAUCAGGAUUAGGUUCUGAUUUAGGAAAGUGCACUAAUCUCUCAAAUUUGGUACUUUAUCUUAAUUCUAAUUAAAUUGGUGCAAUUGGUGUAUCAAAUUUAGGUUCUGGUCUAACAAAAUGCACAAAUCUCACAAAUUUGACUCUUUAUCUAUGUUACAAUUAUAUUGGUGCAUUUGGUGCAUAAGAUUUAGGUUCUGGUUUAGGAAAGUGCACUAAUCUCUCAAAUUUGACACUUCAUCUCGCUAACAAUUAAAUUGGUGCAGUUGGCGCUUAAGGUUUAGUUUCUGGUUUAAGAAAGUCCACUAAUCUCUCAAAUUUGAUACUUAAUCUCACUUCUAAUUAAAUUGGUGCAAUUGGUGCAUAAGGUUUAGGUUCUGGUUUAGGAAAGUGUACUAAUCUCUCAAAUUUGUCACUUAAUCUUUCAAAAAAUUAAAUUGAUGCAAUUGGGGCAUAAGUUUUAGGUUCUUGUUUAGAAAAGUGCACUAAUAUUUCAAAUUUGACACUUGAUCUUUAGGAAAAUUAAAUUGGUGCAAUUGGUGCAUAAAGUUUAGGUUCUGUUUUAAGAAAAAACACUAAUCUCUUAAAUUUGGCACUUAAUCUUUCUUACAAUUAAAUUGGUCCAAUUGGUGCAUCAGGUUUAGGUUUUCGUUUACGAAAAUGCCCAAAUCUCUCAAAUUUGGUACUUUAUCUUAAGAAAAAUGAAAUCGGUGCAAUUGGUGCAUCAGGUAUAGGUCUUAGUUUACGAAAAUGUAAUAAUCUCUCAAAUUUUGAACUUGAUCUCAGGGAAAAUUAAAUUGAUGAUGAAGGAGCAUCAGGCUUAAGCUGUGCUUUAGCAAAGUACUCUAAUCUCUCAAAAUUGACACUUAAUCUUGAGUAAAAACAGUUUAUUUGUUUUGGAUUGUGAUAUUUUUGAAUAUUAAAAUGAAUUUAAAAACAAUAAAAUUAACUAUUUUAAUUUAUUU